AGCUGAGCAUUCAUUUUAGGGAUAACAAUCUGAAUCAUCAAUCGACAAUAUUUAUUCCAGUCUCAGAUAAAACUAUAUACUUCGUGGUAUAGAGCGAGUGGUGGGAGCUGGUGGGAGCAGGUGGGAGUAGGUUGAACAGAACUGAAUAGAGCUAUAAGCCUUUCAAACGGCAAAAAUCUAUAAUGCCGGAUAUGUUCGAUGUUAGUUUACAAUUGAGUUUUCGAACAAGUGUAAACACCUAAACAGUAAUUGUUACUUUCUUAGCGAACAUUUACGAACUGUCAAAUGGUACAUGAAACGAAUCAUAUGCGGUAUAUCAAGUAUCGUGACUGCCCUUACGGUAGCUAUAUAAUUCUAGAAUUGUGCGCCAAAAAACUUGUUACGUUGAGAAAACUGGAUCAGGUAUCGGGUCCAGAUUUGAGUUCGUUUACGAUAGCGUCCCUAACCUCUUUCUAGAAUUGUAUUCUUCGAAGAAGGGCAUGACACCGUUAACGAAAGAUGACAAGGCACGCAUAGUUAGCGAGCAUGGAUUAUGACUCUGCGUCGAGUUGCGAAGGUCGUUUGAGAGAUUUUGAAGCUUCAGAAGAUUUCAUGCGUUUAAGCGAACCACGAGAAAUCGAACGAUCACCUUGCAACGCGAAUUCAGCAUCAUGGCAUACUUUACGAGUCGUUGCCUCACAGUCGAAGCUCAAUCCGGAGACAACGAACAAAAGCCUUUCUUCUCAGGUGAUGGAAUAUUACCAUAAAUAUUCUCAAAAUGCAAAUUUAGAUCAUUACUUUUCUUUGCCUGCGACCAGUACAUCGCCGGAAGCCGUUAAAUAUUAUUACAGCAUAUACGAGUUGAAUCCUAAAUUGGACGUUCAUAGACAAGACUGCAUCGGAGAAGAAUAUAAUUUGCGUUCAUAUGUGCCGAGAGAAAGAAGGAGAUGGGUGAGGCCUCCUCUUAUCGGUCAGUCUUCGAAUACAGAUUCGUCGACCAGAUACGUUCAACCGUUGUCGAAUCCUACAUCUCCAUCGCCUGACUUAAAAAAUGUUACUCCAGAAACAAUUUUGGAAGGGAAGAAUGAAAGCCAAGAAAUUUUAACGGAAGCCAUAGAACGUAAGAUUUCUUCUCCUACUUCGAGCAUCGCGUCUCAUAAGCCACUCGAAUGGGACAGUGGAGCAGAUGUUGGUUACUGUAAUAUAUUACAUCACAAUAAAGAGGAUGACAAAAAAUUAAGUACAAUAGAACGUAUGGCUUUAGCUAGAGGUUGUUCCGCUGCGUUAAGACUCGAUCCCGAAGGUACUACGGAAUCCGGGAUCUCUGGAAAACUUACGGGAGUUCAAAAGAAUUUUAAAGCACCCGUCACACCCGAUGCCCAUUCCACCGUUUUGUUAGGGUAUGCUUCAGGAUCGGAAAGCGAAAUAGAAAUCACUCCUAUUGUGAAAAAUCAUUUGCCAGGUAUAAUAGCAGGAAACAACCUAAAGUCCAACGAAAGAUCUUUCCCUAAAGAGUCGAAGCAACAAGGCGCUCUGGCACAGUAUUUAAAAAAGGAGCAAAAUCAUGACAUGUCUAAAACGUCGGUUACAUAUAAGAUACCUUUUAUGAAGCAUUUAAACGUGACGCGGAAAGCGACAACCAAGCAAAAUACAAAUAAAGAAAACAUAUGUUUACUGACUUCACCUUUGAAAAAAAGCACAUCGAUGAACACGUUAGUUAUACCGCCUUCUAAAUUAACAUUGAAAAGAAGUCAAAGCGAAUUAAAUCUAUAUGUCAAGGACAAAAAUAAGGCUGCAUUGCCAUUAAUAUUUAACUCUUCGUCGUCGAUCGCCACUAUUGUAAAUAAACCUUCUACUUGCGAUAAAGUGAUACAAACGAGUCUAAACGCUUACAGCCAAGAAUCUGUAGGUGUUCAAGUUUCGGUUUUCGAGGAAGAGAAACCACCGUUACCAAAGAGAAGAACUAGUUUACAGAAGAGUAUGACCUUGAUUUUAAAAAAUCCAAAAGGCACGUAUAAAGUUCCAAAUUCGCGGGAAAAUCAAGAAGCAAGCGAAACAAGCGGUAAUAUAGUCAGUAAACGCGAGAAGAAAAUAAGAGUCCGACGCAGCUGUUCGGAACCUUCGGAGAAUGGAUCCGGAAUGGAUACACAGACACCUCAGCCCGACGAUGCCGAAAAUACAACAGGCAGGGCGAACAGUUUCGAAUACUUUCCAGGACAUGUUUACGAAAACGUUUCAAAUGGAGGCGGCAGCCACGUAUCGUCUUCGGAUACGGGUAGGUCGCAAUCUACUCUACCAAACACGAGUUCUAGCAUCAACGAGAAGCUGUGGGGAGACUCGGACAGUUUGGUGAGGGAUCUGGAACGAAGCGUAAACAUUCUAAAAAGCUUGGUCGACGCCAACAAAUGCGAUAAGGAGGUGAAAAAAAGACUGAUACAUCACGUGGUUAAGAGACUUAUAACCGCGAAAUACACCGACGAUAAAAUUGAGCAUAAUCUGGAGGAUAACAUUCCGUGGAAUCCGGAGAAUGCUAGAAAUAAGGUGUACAGAACGGAGAUACUUGAAGCUUUGACAAAGAAACAUACUACCAGCGAUUCAUCGGCCGAGUGGAACACGCAAAAAGAAAAGGCGCGUGGACGCAACCCUACGGGAAAUACGAGAGGAGGGUUGACGAAAGAAGUAAAUCUGGGAAGCAGUAGCGAUAAAAUCGACAAGAACACGGAUAGAACGGAGAACGAUGGACGAAAAGCGAGAAUGGGUCUCAGAUCGGAUGACUGUCAUCCAAGUAGCAAUACGCCCACUGAUCCGGAGAAAAGCGAGAGCUCGGAAUGCUUUUUCCCUCAACGGGGUCGCAAGAGUAACAAACUGCAGAGUAUAUUUUGCGCGAAAGAGAGGUGCAAAAUGUCACGGGGAGAUUCGACGAUGACGAACAGCACGCCGCCCGAUCACAACAGAAUGUUGUUGGACGCGGUCGUUAACAAUCGAAGAACGGGCAAUGUUGCUUCGAGCAACAGCGCGGAGCAGCAGGUCGAUUGGAGGCUGCUCACGACGCUGUCCGAGAGACAGUUUGAACUGAAAAGAUACAGCAACUCCGAUUCCGGAGAUUCCAAGUUAGUCAGCUACGCUGAAAUGGAGAAGAGGAACCAGUUGAUCUGGAUUACGAAUGAGAUUAGUCACUUGUCCAAUCUAAAGAAGCUUCUAGAGGAACCGCGGAGAUUGGAGAAACCGGCCAGGAUGUCGCCCAAGAAAUCCAAGUCGACAAACUUUAGGUCAAAAUCGGUCGCGUCUAACGCACGAGUUCACGGUUCGAUCAAGAAAGAUGACUAUUUGCGAACAAACGAAUCAGACACGGUCGAGAAUUCCGUAGAAGAGCCAUGGUCUUCGCAUUGUAACAUAGCAACUUGUCAAUCCCGCGAUAGACCAAACAGUGUGAUCCGGCGUGUCAAAAAGCGAAAUAGUUGCGCGCAAACGGCGACUAACGACAUCGACGCUCAUUCGAAGACUGGUGGUGAAAUAAUGUCUGCAUCGAUUACGCAAAAUUCCACGAUCAAGCUGGUAAAUACUGGGGUACAAACGAUUCCUUGGGAGACGUCUGCUAUCCCAACCUUGAUACAGUCAGAGAUCGUGCACUACAUCAAGUGUCCGGCUCACGACGCGUUGCACUUUCAAGACAGUUACAAACGAAACGUGGAAGCCACUCGGUGUCCAAAGCACUGUUCCAUUCAGAACGUGGUAGCCGCUUGCGUGCGCUGUUUGCAGGAACAAAAAGACCAGUCGAACAGGAUAAAAAUGGUGCACGCGAACGUGGACCACUUUGGGGAGGAGAGUCCGGUCAACUCGGAAACUCCGUUGGAUCGAAUCAACGGCGAGAGCACGAGCUCCUCGGAGGUGGUUCUUCAUCCUUGCGCGAGCAACGAUGUCACUCAGUUGAAGCAGAAGGAGACUAAGAAUCAGAUAAACGCCUCGAAAUCGAAACACACAUGCGAUUGCAGAUGCGAGACCAAGAGACCGUUGUCCAAAGGAUGUCAAACGUGUUCCAUAUCGCAAGGGGCAAUCCUGGAACCUAGCAACAUCACCAAGUGCGAGGAAUGUCAGAAGAAAAUGGUGUACGUGUUGGAACGAGAGGACGUGAAACUGAAAGGCUGUAGCUGUACUACCGUAUGCGAAUGCGAGAAAAGUCAAUCGUCAAAUGGACGGAUACCGAUUAGUUUCGGAGCGAUCUAUCGUCAGGAUAGCAAUGGACGCGUUUCGAGCUUCGAUCAAAAUGCUCGCACGAAAUCGUGCGAAUGUUCGACCGACUGUUCCUGUGGUGACAGUCGCGAACCAGAAACCCAUCACGCGAAAACGUUUUGUAAUUGUCAUUCGAACGGAGCAAAAGUUCAACGCAAUAUGACGUCGACACAUCGCUAUGCUCACCGGACGGAAGCAGAAGAUCGACCGACGCAAACGAGGCCUUAUCGUGUGGCCAACGAGCAAGACGAUGAAGCCACUCGGUAUAAACUACAAAACAACUCGAAAUGUGAUUGCGAGAAAGAUUGUUCGUGUAAUAAUAGAACAGUGAACAACGCUGAGGACAAGUCGCACAGCAGAAGCUACAACAGCAGCUCAGUCGUCAAACCUAAUUACGCGAACGAAGCGAACCAACAACCCGCCGAUUCCGAUAGAGAUUGCAACUAUUGUCGUCGUUGUGGUGUAGCGUGUCAUAAUGCUAAAAAAUGUAACUAUCAUGAAAUGUACCCGAAACCGGUCGCGUAUGAAUUGUCGUUCGCGAAAGAAGACGAAGAAAAGAUCGAUGGCUCGGCCGCGUUACUAAAACUGUCAUUACAGAGUCGUACCGUUAACGAAAACAAAACAGAUGGCUGUGUCUGUAAUAUGGUAAAAAGGAUUAGUCCGGAUAAGAGUCCUCCGCAAAAGGAUACAUUACAGGAUUACUUGACCAGAAACAAAGCGGAAUUCGUGAGCAACGCGGAAACACGUCGGCAAUACAUGUCAGAAAUAUCUCAUCUGCGACUGUUACGCAAGGAGAAACGAAUACAGUUGCUGGCGAUGGCUAGUACGUCAAACGCCGUUAAAUCAUCGAAAGCGUCUUCCAAGCCAACAGUUUACGCGCAGAAAAAAGUCAACGACGAGGAGAUGAAAGAAAGGCUGAGGAAACGAUAUCUUCGAUUGAACGAAGUGCGUCACAAAAGACAACAGCAGGAAAAGCAGGAAGAAGCGCGACGUAACAAACUUAUGGCCAAAAUCUUUUGCAAAAAGUUACAACAGAAGGUACUGAGAGGCCAAGUAGAUUUGUCUCAAAGCGUCAGCGUUAUAUCCAACAUGUAACGUUAGAGAGAUGUUUGCGUUUACAUAAUUUUAUGUCAAUUAGCGAAUCGUGACUCGGCGAUCGGAUAAGAUUAUAGAGAAACGCGCAAUGUAUUUUGUCUUUCGGAAUAACAGUAUCGUUAAAAUUAAAUAUUUCGCCUUAGUAACACUUUUACAAUUUUCGCUAUACAGGAUAAUAUAUACUAAAACCGACUUAACGUUUACUUUUUUCUCGCCGACGUGAAAAUUAAUAAUUUUAGGCGACUCGUGGACAUACAAAUCUACGAUAUGGAUUUAUGCGUAUACGUAUCGUGUAAGCACACGUGUUUGUUUUGUGUGCGUGCGUGCGCGCGCGCGUGUGUGUGUGUGUGAAUCGGUGAAAUAGAACGUUUGAUGGUCUAAAAGUAUCAAUUCUCGAAGUAUAGUGAAGAAUUGAAGUAUUAUAAUGCGUUAAUUUUACAAGAUUUGUGCCUAGUAUCUACGAUAUUCAUAUCGAAUUUAAAGAAAUUUGUCUUGCCAAGAUAUUUUCCUACGAUAGAUAUAUUUGGGAAACGUUGCGUGUAUUAAAAUGUUGUCCAAGUCUGAACGUUGAAGAAGUGUUCGAUCGAACUGAAUCGCUCGUUCAUGUGAAACUGAGAUGCUUUAAAACGACGAAAGUAGUUGUUAGUACCUGAAUCACAGUACACAAUCCUUUGUUACUUGUAAGACUUAGAUAGUAUAGUCCCUUGAAGUUUUAUAAUAUUUUACCCUUUUGUAUAACGAUUAUAAUCGUUUGGUUAUUCAGAAUAAAUUGAAUCUGUGCAUGAA